AAAAUACUUUUUUGAGCAUAUCUAAGUAACCUUAGUUCCUAUGUCACACUUGGUCUUAUCUCACAAUUAUCUCCCCAAUCUCAUGUUGACUCAGAUCAAAUACAAAGCGCUAAGGUACCUAUAACGUCGGUAAUAAAGUAGUAUCAUAAUAAUUACUGGGCUGAAAAUAUGUGAAUCUAUAAAGUGGGUUUUAACACCUGGAUAUAGGCCGGGAUAUUUAAAAAUGUGCAAUUUUUACAAUGUAUUAUUAAGAAAAUUUCCGUUUAACUUAUAAAAUGGUUGUACACCUGAUCAGUUAUAAAAGGAUGUUGUGGGUGCUGUGGCUGCUUCCUCUGGUAUACAGUUACUCCAUAUUAAAUCAGUGUCCAGAAAUGUGCCUUUGUGACUAUGAGACUACCAGUUGCCAGAACAGCGGUCUUACAGAAUUACCCAGCUAUAUUGAUAUGAACGUAAGCAGCUUGGACUUAUCCUACAAUGAGUUUGAAGCAUUUCCCACUGGUAUGAGCAAUUUCGUCCAGUUAAAGUACCUGAACAUGUCGCAUAACAAAAUAGCCACUAUGAAGUUCGUGGAUCUUCAAGGCUUAGGCCAGGUGGAGAUGAUUGACUUUGCGUUCAACUUAUUCCAUGAUUGGAAAGAUAUACAGUCCAGUGCUUUUCUGCCAAUGAAGAAGCUGCGGUUUCUGGAUUUAUCUAAUAACCCGCUAAGAAGCAUUCCUAGAUAUUCAAAUCAUUUGCAUAUUCAAUCGUUGGAAGUACUCCGAUUGACCAAUUGUUCAAUGAAGGUUAUUCCUGUAGAUGUUUUCAAUCGAUUGAGCAACUUGAAGGAGUUGUACCUAUCAGACAAUCCAAUAUCCAGCAUUAAUGACUCGUUCAAACUGAAGAACUUGAAGCUGAUGGAUUUAAGUAGCACCCGUCUGAGCUAUUUAGAUGAGAAUGCGUUUUUCUCAACGACCAGUUUAGAAACGCUAAUUUUAAAUGAAAACAUUCACCUGAGGCGACUUGCAUGCCAUUCGUCUAGCGUUUUAUAUAUCGAUCUCUCCAAUAGUAUGCUGGAGCAAGUGCCGAGCGGAUACAUGAAUCGAUUAUUCCGAUUGGAUCUAUCAGGAAAUUUUUUGAAGAAGAUCGUGGGAAGAAGCUUUGCAAACUCUAGCAGCUUGCAGUUCCUGAAUCUAUCAAGCAAUGCAAUCUCCUUUCUACACGAACAAGCGUUUGAGGAGCUGAACCAAAUAAUUUCCAUCGAUUUGUCCUACAACAAAAUAUAUCAGAUAGGAGAAAGACUGUUCAGCAGUAACCCCUCAUUGAUCUACUUGAAUCUAUCCCAUAACUACAUCAAAAGUUUGGACAACAUCAGCAGCAAUUCGCUUGAAAUGCUUACGGCCAGCUUCUGUGAAAUAAAAUAUAUCAACACAUACAGCUUGAUCUUGAUGCCCAAUUUAGUGACUCUAAUACUAGCGCGAAACCUCAUCACGAGGCUUCCAGAUAGAAUGAUUGCAACGAAACUUGGAAAGCUGGAUGUAAGUUUCUGUCGCCUGAACACUUUGAACAAUCAAACGUUUGCGGAAAUGAUCCAACUGAGGGAGUUGAAUUUGGCCAGCAAUGCUCUCACAACGAUUGAUCCUUCAUUUUUCCCAAGAACUCUGCAGACUGUUAUUACCGAUAAUCCUUGGAGGUGCAGUUGCGACCAGCUCAAGCAUAUGUUUGAGUGGAUGCUCACUUACAGUGCAAAUGAUUUAGACGAUUUGAUUUGCAACUCGCCAGAGAAAGUCGAAGGGAAAACUUGGGAGCAGGCAUGCGAAUCCGAAUGGUAUCCUCAUCAAAUCACCAGAGACACCAUGUGGUACUAUUCUCUGGGGAUCGUUAUUUCUAUGGUGUUGGCUCUUUUCGCUCUUUUGGUGCUGAAGAAGAUAAGAAGUCUUCAAGAUCAGCGUGUUCGGAUUGAGGAGGAGACCAGGAGGACUGAGGAGCGGGAAGCUCUACGCCGAAUGCAGGAGCGUCAAAGGGAAAUGCAAGACGACGAGGAUAGAAAUGCUCCAGACCCAAGGGAACUGCAAGGGCCCCCGUCUUACAAUGAGGCUCUUUUACUACCCAGAUUAGAUGCUUCGCAUUUAAGUUUGGCGGGGAGUGCGCACAGUUUCGGCUCUAGAGGAAGCCUUAGAGGCAGCAACGGGGACAUUACCAAGAAGAAUCGUAUACGGCGAAAGCGCAGGCGGAGGAAGUCUGAAGAAGAAAGAAGGGCGUCACGAAUUACUGUAGAUUCUGAUUCUUCAGAUCAGUAUCAAUCCAUGGACAGUCUACCGUCUAGCAGAAGAAAACCAGGGCACGCUCCACCAUUAGAAAGUGAUUUUUAGAAUGCUCAUUAAUCAUUCAGCAUUAAGCAAAUAUGUUUGUUAUGAGGAUAGGGGGCCUUUUGUAGUUACUAAUGCUGUUUAUUUAGUUUAUUAUUAUACGUUUCCGCAAGUUGUAUAUUUCGUUUUGUAAUGUAUUAUAGCUAACUGUGAUUAUAAAUGAAUGGUUUUUCAGCCUAUAGCUGUAUGUAAUGGUUUUAAGAUUCAUUCGUUCAUAAGUGCGUAUGAUAGAUUUUGUAUGCUAACCAUGUAACGUUUUAUAAAAAGUCAGCCCUUAAGCAGCUGUUGGUUCAUUCACUCAAAUUGCCUGCACAGGCUGCUUCAGUGAUAAACGCUAAACUGAAUAGAUUUUUCCUUUGGCACUGA